AUGUCUGUACCUUCUUCUGAGGACACCAAAAUCGCAAGGGGUGAUUCGAUUACCGUCGAUAAUGCUAUAGAUCCAGUCCGAAAUGGUCGUACCGAGGCUGGUUAUUUCUUUAUGAAUUAUCAAGUAAUGGACCCUAGCAUUCCCAUCCGGUCGCUGUCCUGGGACACGUGGACUACAUUUCUGACCGGGCAAUGCGCGUAUUCCCCCACGGAGCAUCUCCUAAAAUGCACCAUCGAUGGGGAAGAUCCCAUUUAUAUUUUCCAUGACAUACAAUGGAAAUCUACUCUGUCGCGUCUGAAGAAACUUGGGAAAAAAGUCUUUUUCGAGAUAGUCUCCAAGAAAGAUACAUACGCCGAGAUGGGAAUUGAACUCCCUGAGCCUGAACCGGCCGUGAUCUCACCUCGCUCGCCUGUCUUCGGUGAACCUCAUCACUGGCGACAACGGUUGAGCGGUAUCUAG